CACUUUGUGCAUAUCGUUGGGAAAUCUCUCAACCAUUGUGUCUUAUAUCCUUUGAGCCAAUAGCUGAUAUUGUGACCUCAAGCCAUGGUUUCCACGAGUCCUUAGGAAAAUCUAUGGAUGAAGCUUUGGUGGAUUUCUUUUCUCUUUUCUUUGGAGAACUAUGGAUUUCUUGGGGCUGCACCUUCACUCUGCGAAGGAGUCCAGAUCUGAGCUCUAAGGUCAUUUAA